CGCCGCUCACACUUCGGCUGAGGGCGCGCGCCCUGGAAAAUUCCACACCCAAGCUAGCUCCACCCUUUGCGCCCUUUCUUCAGCCCCCGGCUCUUCACUCCUAGUCCCCAUCCCAGCGGCCUUUGCGGGAACAAAAUGGCAGCCCCCACGCUGCGGGGUUUGUGUUGUUUAUCCAGAGCUUUAGGAUGGUGGUCUCGGCAGCCAGUCCUGGUGACUCAGUCCACAGUUGUAGUUCCAGUGAGAACUAAAAAACGUUUCACACCACCUACUUAUGAACCCAAAUACAAAUCAGAAAAGGAGUUUAUAGAACAUGCCCGGAAAGCGGGACUGGUCAUUCCUCCGGAGCGUUUGGAGCGUCCUCUGCACCUGGCCUGUACAGCUGGUAUCUUUGACGCCUAUGUUCCUCCAGAGGGUGAUGCUCGCUUGUCCUCUCUCUCGAAGGAAGGACUGGCACAGAGAAGUGAGCGGUUGAAGAAGAAGGUGACCUCCCAAUUGUCAGUCCGGAAGAUAAGAGAACAUGAUCCUAAUUUCAAAAUAAAGGACUUCCCUGAAAAAGCUAAGGAUAUUUUUAUUGAAGCUCACCUUUGUCUAAACAACUCAGACCAUGACCGGCUUCAUACCUUGGUAACUGAAAACUGUUUCCCGGACAUGGUCUGGGACAUCAAAUAUAAGACCGUCCGUUGGAGCUUCGUAGAAUCUUUAGAACCGCCUCAGGUGGUUCAGGUUCGCUGUUCAAGUCUGAUGAACCAGGGCAACAUAUAUGGCCAGGUCACCGUCCGCAUGCACACCCGGCAGACUCUGGCCAUCUAUGACCGGUUUGGCCGGUUGAUGUAUGGACAGGAAGGUGUGCCCAGGGAUGUCCUGGAGUAUGUUGUGUUUGAAAAGCAUCUGGUAAAUCCCUAUGGGAGCUGGAGAAUGCAUGGCAAGGUCAUCCCCCCAUGGGCACCCCCUAAGCAGCCCAUCCUUAAGACGGUGAUGAUCCCUGGGCCCCAGCUGAAACCUGGAGAAGACUAUGAGGAGCCACAAGGAGAGGCCCAUAAGCUUCAGCAACCCUGAUGGCAAAAAUGACUCCUGGGGUGAAACAUGGCUGAUGAGAUGGCCAGAAGCUAUGGAGUCUGGGAACUGUGAAGUCAGUCAUCUUUUCAUCAUGCUGUAGAAAGACCUACCUUUGUCCUCUCCUGUCCUGCUUGGGUGUUUUCAGCUGUCUCCUUGGCAACCACGGCUGAUGGCUGGGCCCAGGUGGGUGGCUGAUAUGCACAGCCACGAACCCACUUCUCCCUUUUUAAACUGUGUUUCUAGCUGCUGAGUCUCAACGAAAGUACGUUUGGAUACCUGUUUUUCCUGCAGCAGAGACUGGCAGAAUUUUCUUUUUAAUUACAAGGCAGGGAUCAGAGUUUGAAAUAAAACACUGUCAGGGUGUUGGACAAACUGUGGCGGGUUCUGUACCUCUCCCAGGGUUUACGCUGGAAGUAGACCAGCUUUCAGAUGGCACAAAUGGAAGGUAGGCUGAACUGAGCGAUGUGACUUCCGGGAGAUCCAGGUUUGGGACACAUAAUUAGCGUUCAUUGAAGAGGGUCUUUUCUCAUAUACUGACUCACGUAGUCAUCAUUUGUACUUCGUAGAAGAAUGUAAAUCCAAAGAAAUCCUUUA